GUGGCCCGUGGUGUGUUUAUGGGAGGUCAGAGCACGGCAGUAAAGCUAUUAAAAGUUGCAGCACUGUUUUAGCUGAGACUUUCUUCAGGAGGCCCACACGAGGCUCAGAUAUGUUUAAAGGACUGCUCUUCUCCAAGGCUCUGGCCGUGGGUAUCGGCGUGGUGACGGCCUCAGCCGUCUGCUCCAUGGUGGCAAUGGUGGUCAUCUACCAAAUAGAGAUGUCGAACGAUCCCCCGCGCCGGCCACCUACGCCCCCCGCCACCACGCCGUUCCCAUCCGGGCCGCCUCCGAACCUGAGGCUACCAGACACUCUAGUUCCUCAGAUGUACAAGUUGUAUCUGCAGCCUCAUUUUCACGUCCAGGUGACCAACAUUACGAACCAGACCUUCGCUUUCACUGGCAAUUCCACCGUGAUCUUCAAGUGUGUGAAAAACACAAACAGGAUCUUUCUCCACAGCAAAGACCUGAAUGUGACGGAGUACCGUGUAUCUGAUGGAAGGAACACAGAACUGCGUGGAAAACUCAGCUUGACAAUGGGCAGCAGCAACUUCAUGGAAAUUGAACUUGAUGGUGUGUUGAAAGCUGGUGAGACAUACACACUCUUCACAGCGUUUGAAGGGGAGUUGAAGGAUGACAUGACUGGAUUCUAUAAGAGUAAAUACACAGUGGACGGGGAAGACAGAUUCCUAGCAACAACCCAGAUGCAGCCUACAGAUGCACGGAGAGUGUUUCCUUGUUUCGAUGAACCAGCCAUGAAAGCUGUAUUUAAUGUCACCAUAAUACACAGGGAUGGAACCACAGCGCUGAGUAAUUCCAACCGAAAGGGUCACAUUGAGAUCACUAUCGAUGGAGAGACAUGGCUUGUUACUGAGUUUAAUCCAACUCACAAGAUGUCAACUUACCUCUUAGCCUUCACAGUCUCUGAAUUCAAAAGAAUACCAGCGCUGGGAAACAGUCAAAUCAGGACGUGGGCGCGGCCAGAAGCCAUAAGCGCUGGUCAAGCAGAUUACGCACAGAAGACUGCGGAAAGCAUCCUGCCUGCCUUCGAGGAACUUUAUGACAUAAAAUAUCCACUGAGCAAACUAGAGCAAAUCGCAAUACCGGACUUCAGCGCAGGCGGCAUGGAGAACUGGGGCCUGAUAAGUUACCGUGAGGGCGCCCUGCUCUACGAAGAAGGCGUCUCCUCCACAGCAAACAUGGAGUGGAUUGCCAGAGUGAUUUCCCAUGAACUGGCCCAUCAGUGGUUUGGGAACCUGGUGACCAUGAAGUGGUGGAACGAUCUGUGGCUGAAUGAGGGCUUUGCGACAUACAUCUCCUAUAUCGGGAUCGACAGCGUUCACCCCGAAUGGAAAAUCAGCGACCGUUUCGUCCUCUAUGAGACCCAGCCAGCGCUUCAGGUGGAUUCCCUGGCCACGUCCCGCCCCCUCAGCCCCAGAGCAGAGGAUGUGCAGACCCCUGCUAACAUCACACAGCAGUUUGACCAAAUCACCUACAGCAAGGGGGCAUCGAUAUUAAGGAUGCUGUCCAUAUACCUGAAAGACACCGUCUUCCAAAAGGGCAUUAAGACGUAUCUCAAAGCUUAUCAGUAUAGCAACACUGAGGCUGCAGACUUCUGGAGACACUUACAGGAGGCCUUAGGACCUGCUGAUAUCAAUGUGGCACAGGUGAUGAAGACAUGGACCCAGCAAAUGGGCUACCCGCUCAUAACCAUUAACACCAAAACUGGGGAUGUUUCACAGCAGCACUUUUUGCUCAAUCAAACAUCCACCCGCAACUUUGUAUGGUAUGUUCCAGUUCUUAUGUUAAAGUCAGGAUCAAAUGAACCAGAUUACAAGUUUGACCCGGUGACUGAAAAAGGUCCAGUCAGAAGGCCAGAGUACCGAACUGAAGAAGACCAGUGGCUUCUGGCCAAUGUCUACUACACUGGAUAUUACAGAGUUAACUACGAUCAGGGGAAUUGGGAAAAACUCCUUAAACAGCUCAACAUGAAUCCUCAGGAAAUUCCAGUCAUCAACAGAGGGCAGCUUAUUGAUGAUGCGUUUAAUCUUGCACGAGCCCACCAUGUUAAUACCACUCUGGCUUUAAACACAACCAAGUUCCUUUACAAUGAAACAGAGCUGAUACCGUGGGAGUUCGGGUUGAGGAACCUGAAAUAUUUCAUUCUCAUGUUCGAUCGCUCCGAGGUUUAUGGUCCAAUGAAGGCUUAUAUGAGAAAGCAAGUCACCCCCCUUUAUACGCACUUUAAAAAUUACACCGACAAUUCCACAGUUCCAGAAGACCAUGCUGAACAGUAUAACCAGAUCAAUGCCAUUUCAGUUGCAUGUGCCAAUGAACUUCCCGAGUGCCAAAACAUGGCCAGCGCUUUCUUCAAGGGCUGGAUGGACGACCCGGAAAAGAAUGCGAUACAAUCAAACCUGAAGUCAGCCAUCUACUGCAGCGCCAUAGCUGUUGGAGGGGAAAAGGAAUGGGACUUCGCGUGGGAGGCGUACAUAAAUGCCACCAUAGCAAGUGAAAAAGACAAGCUCAGAUACGGAAUGUCCUGCUCCAGGAACAUUUGGAUCUUAAAUAGAUACCUCACAUAUACUCUGGAUCCGAGUAAGAUAAGGAAGAUGGAUUUUGUUUCCACUGUGAACUACAUUGCGGCAAACGUGGCCGGCCAGUCAUUAGCCUGGGAAUUUGUCCAGUCUCACUGGACGUACAUAAUCCAAGAGUAUGGUGGGGGAAUAAUGCCACUUGGAAACCUCAUUGAUGGAGUGACGGAGAGAUUCUCCUCAGAAUUGGAACUUAAACAGCUGAAGCAGUUCCAGAAGGACCACGGGCCGGAUUCCUUCGGCUCUGCCACGCAGGCCCUCGAGCAGGCCAUUGAGAGGACGGGGGCCAACAUCAAGUGGGUAAAGGAAAACAAGCAGACUGUUCUGGAUUGGUUCCAAAGAGAGCCGGCGGACAAAUGAACUUCACAGUGAAUUUCCAAAGAAUUUAUUUAUUCCGGAAAUACAAGAAAUGGCAGUGGUGACCGGUCAGGAAAGAAAAAAACAUAUCGCUACCUUCACCUCAGUGGUGGUUGUUGUUCAGUUACUCAGUCUAUUGCUGGGUCCAUACGACCAUAUCAGGGACAAUUUUUUAACACUUCAGACUGAGGAGGAACAUAGGAAUUUUCAAACAAAUAUCAUUUAUCUGUUUAUUAUGUCUGUCUAUUAAUAUUUUAACUGCAUAUAUAGGAAAUUUUCUAGAUUGUCAAAAAAUCCUUUUAUCAAAAUAAAACAGACCAAGGUA